AUGUGCUUUAUUCUGAGAUGUCGCAAUGCCAAAAAAGCAAAACAAUAUCAACGUAAUACAACGCCGCUAUCAGAGGGCUCAGUGGACUCCGUGGACACCACCGAGACAUUUAUAUUUUCCCAAGAACCAGUCAAUGGCGAGAGUGGAGAAGUAACUGGCCAAAAGGCGACGGAUGUGCGCUGGCCAUUCUUCGAGUCUGGUGCGAAGUUUGAAGAAGCGAUUAGCGAAUGCUCUAAAGCCGACCAAGAGCAUAGGCAACAACCAGGAACAAAGGAAAUCGAGAGCUGGCGAGAAACCAUGGAAGAGUCAGAACAUGAUGCUACUAUAUUUUUCUAA